AUGAGCUUCAAUGAUCUAGAAAGUGGUGGUGUACAGCUCUCACGAGCUAGCAACAGUCCGGGCGUAUCUAAUGAAUUCACACAGCUGAAAGAUAAGCUUAGUAUUAGUAUAUUCAAAAUAAACGGGAAUAUACAAGGUAUUAAUCGCAUAGUCACCGUUCUAGGUACAACGAAAGAACAAGGCGACUCUAGGGAUAGGCUGCAUGAAUUACUAGAAUCUACUAGAGUCAUAGUAAAAAAUACGAGCGAAGACGUCCGUAGGUUGACGACAUGGGAUCAAGCCGGUGAUAAGCCAGACGUCGUUAGCAACACACAAGCAAAGAUAAACCGUGAGUUUAGUCUAGCUAUACAAUCAUUCCAGAGGGUGCAAAAGGAAGCUGCCGAGCGUACCAAGAUAUCAACCGAGAGAGAACUCCAGCGCGUUAGCAAUCAGCAGCAGACAGUUUCUAGAAAUCAAGAUGAGGUGCUAUACAACCAUCAAGAUCAAUUUCAACUUGAGGAGGAAAACGCAAUUCCACAGGAACAGCUACAGCAGCAGGUACAGCAGCCACGGAGAAUGACAGACGCAGAAAGGCGCUACCAGGAAGGACUCAUAGAGGAGCGCGAUAAUGAGAUUAGAGAUAUUGAAACAGGUAUACAAGAAUUAAACGACAUAUUUAGGGAUCUGGGUAACAUAGUAGUAGAGCAAGGGGGUAUGCUGGACAACAUCGAGUCAAACGUCUACUCUAUCGCUAGCGAUACCAACCGAGCUAAUCAACAGCUCGUUUCGGCUCAUGAAUACCAACGCAAAGCGGGAAAGAGAGCGUUCUGCUUAUUGAUUAUAUUAGUUAUAGUCGUAUUGAUUGUAGUCUUAGUAUUAAUUUUAUAA